CUGUCGGCUAAAAUAAAUAUUAAAUACCAAUUAGCAAACAGCAUUGAGCAAACCAAUUACAAACAGAAACUAAGUGAACGAAUAACGAUUGUUUUUUUAUUACACAUUGAGUUCAGAUUCGAACACGUACCUCAAAAAUAUAAAUCGUAACAACACGUAGUAGAAUGUUUUUUAAUAUUUUAUUUAAGAUUCACGUAGUAACUCAACUGAACAAAUACAUCAUAAAUGUUUUGGUUAUAAAAAAAUACACGAUAGCAAAACGGAAUCCCGAGAAAUUGCUUUCAGUGUGCGAGUGUGCCACACGAUGACGAGGUCUCGUUUCGAGUAUUAUGACAGAAUAACGUAACAAUUUUCGAAAGACCCUUGGAUGGUAAAAAAAUAAUAUUUCAAUCGGAACAGUUAAAAGUUAACAGAAGAGUGGAAUUAAUUUUUCCUACAGCAGCCCCGUGGUAAUGGCGGAAACAAUUGAACAAUAAAAAUCAAAUUCGUUGCGACAACGAUGUAGGUACGCGUGCUACGUACAGUUCCUCCUAAAGCCCUAACGUGCACAUUUUACAUGCAUCAAGUGCCCACUAUGCAACCCCAACUCCACCGAGAGGAAAGGAACGGCUCCGGCAGCGGCUAGGCGGCCGCGGACACCGGGACCGGGCCGGCGGCGCGUGCGAUGAUUAUCGACUUUUAUUUGCCGGGCGCUUCACUCCGUCAGUCGGUGGUAGAGCCAAACCGGUGUUGCCAACACGACCGUGCUCCGGCCGGCGAUGAAUGGGAUACUCGGGUGGGAAGCGCGGCGGUCGCGGGAACCACUGCCAUUGGUCCGCCUAGGCCGGGUACGGAAAAUGCGUUCUUUGUCCGGCACUUCGGCCGUAUAACGUAUUUACGUGCAGCGCUCUCGUCUCCCGUCACCCACCGCUCCCCCGCGCCGCCCACUGCAGUGUACGCACACACACGAAUGAUUGUCGUUCCCGGUUGUUCCACACCUAGCGCGCCAAUUUUUCGUCGUGUUUAUGUUUAUUAUUUUUGAUUAUUUUUUUUCUCUCGUUUUCACGUAUCGCCCGCGCCAGUCGCCACGAACGCCGGUAAUUACGCGUUAGUCGUAUUGUACUCGUUUCGACGUGAAUAGAUAUCGUAGAGGUGUAUCCACGGUCGAUCCGGUGACGGCGCAUACGGCAUACCGCGCAAAAUAUUAUCGUCGUCGGCGGCGGCUAUCUCGCGUUUUGUUUCGUUGUUAUUGUUGUUGUCAUAACAAUAUAUUACCGGCGUGCACUGCCCAGUAACCAGUAACCCCGACACCGCCGAAAACAUACCACGACUACGACUCGUAAAGGAACUGAUAGAGAAUCAUCAUCACGGCGCCCAAAGAUAGCAUACCCGGUUUACUACACACGGACACGCUUACGACGCACAGAUAUAUUAAUUAAACAAUCAUCAUGGAUCUUGGAACAUUAGAUAGUCUUACUUUCUAUCAAGAUUGUAUAGACUUUGACAUGAAAAGUGACUAUGACCGUGUGUUAUCAAAUAACAGUUUCAACUAUGAUGAUUCGUUGUCAUUGAAUGAUGACAAUAUGAUGUCUAUGAUGGAUCCGCUCAAUUCUGGGUUAUGGCUCAAUUCUGAUUCCGAUUCACAUAAUCAUUUAGACUUUAUGGAAGGCGACUUAGAAUCGGCUAUCAUGGUUAAUCCUAAUUCUGUUAUACCAUCAUCCGCUGCAGCUGCAGAAAUAAAAAUUAAAGACGAACCAGUUGAUGUACCAAUUAUACCAAAAACAUACCAACCUAUUAUGAUUAAAAAAGAGAAGGUUGACCCAGUGGAACCUCGAGAAGUUAUGAUUAAAUUUCCAGAAAUUAAAUCAGAAAAUAUAAAUAUAAAAUCCGAAAACAUGCCAUUAGAAGUUACUAAAGUGGAAGAACUCAAAACUAUACCAAAAGCUAUUAGGCUUUCUGAUUUGUUGAGUCAAACAUCGAGUACUGGACAACAGAAGACUGAAUUAAUGACUGUACGUGUAACAAUGCCAUCAUCCUUGCCUACUCUAAAGACAACUGUGACUUCUAGGACAGUUCCAAUUUCUUUUGUUAAUAAUACCAUUUCUGGGCAUUACAAAAUUGUUAGGCCUAAACAGCAAAUAAAACCAAUUCAAUCGAGAAUCAAUGGCAACAAAAAUAAUGAGAGCAUGGGUCUUUAUCCAAGACCUACUUAUUCUUACUCAUGCUUAAUUGCUAUGGCAUUAAAAAACUCAAGUUCUGGAUCUUUACCUGUUUCAGAAAUUUAUAAUUUUAUGUGUAAACAUUUUCCAUAUUUUAAGACUGCCAGUAGUGGAUGGAAAAACUCUGUUCGUCACAACCUUAGUUUGAAUAAAUGUUUUGAAAAGAUUGAAAAACCAAUUGGUAGUACAGGUGCCCCAAGAAAAGGAUGUUUAUGGACCAUGAAUCCAAGUAAAAUAUCAAAAAUGGAUGAUGAAAUGCAAAAAUGGUCGCGUAAAGAUCCCUCUGCAAUUAGACGUGCAAUGCUCAAUCCUGAACAUUUGGAUUUACUGGAACGUGGCGAGAUGAAUGAAUGUUAUGAUCGGCGUGACAAUUAUUUCUUUGAUGAAGAUGAAGAGGAGGAAGAAGAAAUAAUCAGUCAAGAAAUGACAUCAGAAGACGACAGAAUUAGUGAUGUUGAAGAGGAAUCUGAUAAUGAGUCAAGAAUUGAUAAGGAUGAUUCUCCAUAUCAGUUAAUAACGUUUGGGUUGGAUGAUUUAGCUAACCUUAAUGACCUUGGCAAUGAUAUUGAUGAUGAAGAAGAAAUCGAAGAGAGUUCAAAUGAUGGUAGCUUUGGCAUUGAAGCAUCAGAGUACAAAACAAACUUUGACGAUUUGAUAUCUGUUCAAGAUAUGCCUAUGACAUAUGUAGUUCAGCCCCCAAAUAAGACUGUAAUCAACAAUAAACGGCCGUAUCAACAACCUUUAUUUAAGGGUAGUUAUGUGUUGACUAAAAAUGUUACAUCAAACGUACCGAGUCCAAAGCGGAAAUUCAUAAGUAGGCCAGUAUCAAUAUUAAGAAAUAUCUAAUAUGAAUAUGUAAUGUAAUAUAAAAAUAACUUGCAGCCUUUAUUAAUUGCAAUAUUGGUAAGGUGCAUGUUAGCUCGUUCUGAUGCCCCAAUUUUGUGUGUGAAUAUAUUUUUGGUACCUUUGAAUCUGAAUAGUCAAAUCAUAAUAAAUGACAUAUCAUGUGUGUUAUGUAAUAUACAUUUAUACCAUUUUAUUUUAUAAGAAUAUUCAUGGUUAUUGCAAAUUGUAAAAAUCAUGUAUAUACUUGUUAUAUGUACCUGUUCUACAGAUACUAUUUUAGACUGUUAAUUUUAGUUCCCAAUAGUCAAUUACUAGCUAUUACUUAUAUAACAUCUUUAUUUUAUUUUAAAUAAUAUAAGUAUAAAUUAAUAACUUAUUUAGUGUACUGAUAUUUUUUCAAGGAAGUAUAAAUAUCAUGUUUAAUUAAUGUGUAUAAUUAUGAAUAUUAUAAGUUUUACACAUUUCUUUCUGAAGUAUUAGGUGUAAUUCGUUUAUUUGACAAAUGCAAUAAUAAUGCAACUGCAAUAAUGUCAAAUAGACGAGUUACACCCUAUAUAUUGAUUUUUAUUAUUUUUAUUUUGUUCUAUUUUAUCAAUUUGUUUCCUUUUUAAUAACUUAAACUCAAUAUUAUUUACAUAAGUAUUUAUGUAUUUUUGUAUAAAAUGUGUUAAGAGUGUAUGAUCUUUUUAUAGCUUAAACAAAUUGCUAAAACAAAACUAAAUUGAAAUGUAAUAUUAUUAAUUAUAUUUAAAUGAUAUUGAUACUUCCUUUAAACAAAUAUAUUUUUAUAUUUUAUUUUUUUUGUUUAAAAUAUAAUUUCAUUGUAAUAAUUUUGUGAUUAGUAUUUUAACUUUGAAAUAAAAUCCCAGUCAAUAAAAUUUUAUUUCAAUUUUGUACUAUAUGUAUCUGUUAUGAAUUUAAUAAAUGUUUAAUGUAAUCAGGAUAAGUUGAAAUACUAAUUUACAUUAUUACUACUGUGAAAAUAAUUUACAAUUUGUUAUGGUUGACUAUUCAGACUCGUGAUUUGUUUUUUUUUUUUUUAAUGUACUAUUUGGUUGAUUUAUUUUAUGGUUCAAUAUAUUAACUAAAUCUAAAAACAAAGAUUGGGGUUAACAGUACAGCAAAGUAUAUGCAUAGAAAUUAACUUAAAUAAAUAUAAAAUAUUUUGGUGACAUCCCUUUGGGGGGAUUAUAUUUGUUUACAGUGAGAUUUAAUCUUCCAAUAUUUGGUAUGAAUUGGUUAAAGAUGUUUGUAAGUUUAAUUACAUUUUGUAUGAUAUGGGUUUUUAAUGUUGUUUGUCAUUGUCUACCUUCAGUUCACUAUUUAUAAUAAUACAGAUAUGGAAUUACAUUGUAAUUCUUUUUAUAAAAAAGAUUUUGUCUCAAUAUUCUAUACUGUAUUGCAUCCUGUUUUAGUAAGAAAAACGUGCCUAUUUUGACUACUAAUACAUAUAUUAUGUGUUUUUCUAUCAAUAUAUAAUUUUUAUAUCUUUUUUAAAAAAAUUACCAUAUUUGGUAAACCAACUAAGGAUUAAGUUAACCAUAGAAGACAUUUUCAAUAGAAGAUUAAAUUUUAUAAGACACAAAAUGUCAAUAAAUUAUUUAAGCAUUAUAGUUAAUUAAAAUAUAUUCAUAAGUAAUUAGGUAUAAUGAGGUAGUUUUUUUGAGUGUCAGAAUUAUUGUAGUAUUGUAUAUAAUAUAACAUAUGAAAAGUCUGCAGUCAUCGGUCAGAUGUGUACCAGAGUUCAAAAUGCAUUUAUAUUGUUUAAUUUAUUUAUGAAUAUACUAUACCAUAUAUAUAUAUUUAUAUUUGUACUUUUUCCUGCUUAAUAUUUCAUCUGUCCGAUGUGUCAAUUCUAUUAAAAAUAAAUGUCUUGAAUUUUAAAUUGUA